CUGAAUUUCGAAGAACUGGCCACGGUCCUCACUGAGGUAGAAGCUGUAGUCAACUCCCGUCCAGUGACGUACAUUUAUAACAACCCUAAAGAACCAGAGGCUCUAUCUCCAGCAGACUUUUUAUUGGGACGUAAACUGAACACCCUUCCCCCACAUCACUUACCAGCAAAAGAUGAAGCAAGUUCUGGACACUCAGCGCGACGUUGGAAAUAUCGAUGCACUAUCAUAGAGCAAUUUUGGAGAAGAUGGAGAUCUGAAUAUUUGCUAGAACUGAGGUCAGCUCACAUCACCAAACCCAACAGUUCAAGUGGUUUACAAACCGAUGACAUCGUCCUUCUCAAAGACGACCGACUCCCACGGCAGAUGUGGAAAAUCUGCAGAGUUAAAGAGACUUUCCCAGGAAAGGACGGCAAGGUUCGAGCAUGCAGGAUUGUGCUGCCCAGUGGGGGAGAGCUCCGCCGUCCGAUACAGUUAUUAUACCCGCUG